GAGAAACACAUCAGAAAUCUCUCGAAAUGGUGACAAAUAGUUCGAGCACUGGUCGUGUCCACGGAGAGUAUGACUCUUCGUAGUGAUCGGGUUCUGCAAUUCUCAGAACAGACAGCAAGAGUGGGUAUCGGUUUCCUCAUCUGAUCGCUACGUAUGUUUCUUCGGUAAGCUCAGGUCCCUGGGUUGAAUGUUCUAAGUAAUUACCACCAGGCCCCAGGAAAACUCCCAUCUGCACGCCCCGCUUCGAGACUGUUUCCCGGGCCCUGUCGUUGUUUUUACUCGUAUUUCCUAGAAUGGGGAGGGCUGGAGGUUUGCAGAGCACUGCCUCCUUCCCCUCACUCUCGGGUGAUCGCUCUGGGACAAAUACCCCCACGUCACUCGGUGCGGAGGUCUGGCCCCGAGCAGCAGCGCAGGGCUGGGGCACGUGACCCGCCCGCAGUCCUCGCUGUGGCCCGCGGCCUGGGAUGCAGUCGCGCUGACGUCCUCCUGGUUACCCACAAGCCUCUGUGCCCUGGUGCGGGCAGGAAGAGGGCAGCCGGGUCCAGUGCCUGCCCGGGAGGUCGGGGGUGCCUUUCCGAGCCGAACGCGGACGCAGCCCGGCAUCCCCCCCGGCAGUGCUUGCAAACUGGCAGCCUUCCGUCUCUCCCCGGGGCGGAAAGGGAGACAGCCCAGGUUCAGGCUCUGGUCCUUUAAAGUGCAGCCCCGGGUCGGGACGCCGGGGGAGCCAGGGCGCUCUGCUGACAGCUGUCAAGAGUGACAGCGACUCCCCGAACCUGAGCACUGGCCCCGGUCUGCGUAAUCGCGCACGGGUCAUUAGGUUCUUCCUAACAUCUAGGAAUCGUAGAGCAGGGCCGCUCGAGUACCAUAUGGCGUCUAGUACGUGCUGCCGUUUAGCUCGAUGAGAGAAAGGGAAAGUUAAGGAUGCUGGAGCAGAACAAUGGAUUUCUCUUUCUCUUUCAUGCAAGGGAUCAUGGGAAACACAAUUCAGCAACCACCUCAACUCAUUGACUCCGCCAACAUCCGCCAGGAGGAUGCCUUUGAUAACAGCAGUGACAUUGCUGAAGAUGGUGGCCAGACACCCUUCGAAGCUACUUUGCAACAAGGUUUUCAGUAUCCACCCACAACAGAAGACCUUCCUCCACUCACAAAUGGCUACCCACCAUCGAUCGGCUUGUAUGAAACUCAGACCAAAUACCCGCCAUAUAACCAGUAUCCCAAUGGGUCAGCCAACGGUUUUGGUGCAGUUAGAAACUUUAGCCCCACUGACUAUUACCAUUCAGAAAUUCCAAACACAAGACCACAUGAAAUUCUGGAAAAACCUUCUCCUCCACAGCCACCACCUCCUCCUCCUUCGGUACCACAAACUGUAAUUCCAAAGAAGACGGGCUCACCUGAGAUUAAACUAAAAAUAACCAAAACUAUCCAGAAUGGCAGGGAGUUGUUCGAGUCCUCCCUUUGUGGGGACCUUUUAAAUGAAGUCCAGGCGAGUGAGCACACGAAGUCAAAGCACGGGAGCAGGAAGGAGAAGAGGAAAAAGAGCAGCAGGCACGAGGCGUCCGGACCCGAAGAGCGCCGGCCACACAAGACCCCCAAGUUAGAGCCAGAGGCACAGAGUAGACCAAAUGAGAGGGUGGACACCGCACCAGAAAAACCAAGAGAAGAGCCAGUGCUCAAAGAAGCCGUCCCGGUUCAGCCAAUACUGUCUUCUGUUCCAACAACAGAAGCGUCCACUGGUGUUAAGUUCCAGGUUGGUGAUCUUGUUUGGUCCAAGGUGGGAACCUAUCCUUGGUGGCCUUGUAUGGUUUCAAGUGAUCCCCAGCUUGAGGUCCAUACCAAAAUUAACACAAGAGGUGCCCGGGAAUAUCAUGUCCAAUUUUUUAGCAACCAGCCAGAGAGGGCAUGGGUUCAUGAGAAACGGGUACGGGAGUAUAAAGGUCACGAACAGUAUGAAGAGUUACUAGCCGAGGCAACCAAACAAGCCAGCAAUCACUCUGAAAAACAAAAGAUUCGGAAACCCCGGCCUCAGAGAGAACGUGCCCAGUGGGACAUUGGCAUUGCGCAUGCGGAGAAGGCUUUGAAGAUGACUCGGGAAGAGAGAGUGGAACAGUACACUUUCAUCUACAUUGACAAGCAGCCAGAAGAGGCUUCAUCCCAAGCAAAGAAGAACGUUACCUCCAAGACCGAAGUUAAGAAACCUCGAAGACCAAGAUCUGUACUCAAUAGUCAGCCAGAACAGACCAAUGCUGGGGGGGUGGCCUCCUCACAGUCAAGUACUGACCUUCGGAGACAGAGCCAGAGGCGGCACACAAGUGUGGAAGAGGAAGAGCCCCCUCCUGUUAAAAUAGCCUGGAAAACAGCGGCCGCGAGGAAAUCCUUACCAGCCUCCAUCACAAUGCACAAAGGGAGCCUAGAUUUGCAGAAGUGUAAUAUGUCUCCAGUUGUGAAAAUUGAACAAGUGUUUGCUCUUCAGAACGCGACAGGAGAUGGGAAGUUCAUUGAUCAGUUUGUUUAUUCAACGAAGGGAAUUGGUAACAAAACAGAAAUAAGUGUCAGGGGGCAAGACAGGCUUAUAAUCUCCUCGCCGAGUCAGAGAAAUGAGAAACCAACUCAGAACACGUCAUCUCCCGAGGCAACAUCUGGCUCUGCAGGCCCAGGAGAGAAGAAGCAGCAGAGGAGAUCUGUCAGGACUCGAUCUGAGUCAGAGAAAUCCGCCGAGGUUGUGCCAAAGAAGAAGACCAAGAAGGAGCAGGUUGAAACAGCUCCCCAGGCUUCCCUGAAGACUGGAUUACAGAAAGGUGCCAGCGAGAUUUCAGAUUCCUGUAAGCCUCUAAAGAAAAGGAGUCGCGCCUCAACUGAUAUGGACACGGCUAAUUCUGCGUACAGAGACACGUCUGACUCCGAUUCUCGAGGACUGAGUGAUCUGCAGGUAGGCUUUGGGAAAGAAGGAGAUAGCCCUUCAGCGGCUGCAGAUGCAGAUGCUUCUGACUCACAGUCGGUGGACUCCAGUUUGUCUCGGAGAGGCGUUGGCCUGAGUAAGAAGGACACCGUGUGUCAGAUCUGUGAAACCGCUGGUGAUUGUCUGGUUUCUUGUGAGGGGGAGUGCUGCAGACACUUUCACUUGGAGUGCCUGGGGCUGACUGCAGUCCCUGAGGGAAGGUUCAUCUGCGAGGAGUGUGAAACUGGCCAGCACCCAUGUUUCUCAUGUAAAGUGUCUGGUAAGGAUGUGAAGCGUUGUUCCGUCAGUGUCUGUGGGAAAUUUUAUCAUGAAGCCUGUGUCCGCAAAUUCCCCACUGCCAUCUUUGAGUCGAAGGGGUUCCGCUGUCCCCAGCACUGCUGCUCCUCCUGCUCUGUGGAGAAGGACAUCUACAAAGCAAGUAAAGGGCGGAUGAUGAGAUGCUUGAGGUGUCCAGUCGCCUAUCACUUUGGAGAUGCCUGUGUUGCUGCUGGAAGCGUCUCUGUGUCCUCCCACGUUCUCAUCUGUAGUAACCAUUCCAAACGGAGUAGUCAGUCUGCUGCCGCCGUAAACGUAGGCUUUUGUUUCGUUUGUGCCAGAGGGCUGAUAGUUCAGGACCAUUCAGACCCCAUGUUCAGUUCCUAUGCCUAUAAAUCCCACUACCUACUGAAUGAAUCAACCCGUGCUGAGUUGAUGAGAUUACCUAUGAUUCCUUCUUCGUCAGCUUCCCAAAAGAAAUGUGAGAAAGGUGGAAAAUUGCUCUGCUGUGAGACGUGCCCGGCUUCCUUCCACCCGGAGUGCCUGAACAUAGACAUGCCAGAAGGCUGCUGGAACUGCAAUGACUGUAAAGCUGGCAAGAAACUGCAUUACAAGCAGAUUGUUUGGGUCAAACUGGGAAAUUACAGAUGGUGGCCUGCAGAGAUCUGCAGCCCCAGGUCUGUGCCUCUGAACAUCCAGGGCCUGAGGCACGACUUGGGGGACUUCCCUGUGUUCUUCUUUGGGUCUCAUGACUACUACUGGGUACACCAAGGCAGAGUGUUCCCUUAUGUGGAAGGAGACAAAAGCUUUGCCGAGGGACAGACCAGCAUUAACAGGACCUUCAAAAAAGCACUGGAGGAAGCUGCAAAGCGCUUCCAGGAGUUGAAAGCACAGCGGGAGAGUAAGGAGGCUCUGGAGAUUGAGAAAACCUCAAGAAAACCACCGCCCUACAAGCACAUCAAGGCUAACAAAGUGAUAGGGAAGGUACCAGUCCAGGUGGCUGACCUGUCAGAGAUCCCCCGCUGUAACUGCAAGCCUGCUGAUGAAAACCCUUGUGGCUUGGAGUCGGAGUGUCUGAACAGAAUGUCACAGUACGAGUGUCACCCGCAAGUGUGCCCUGCUGGGGACCGCUGUCAGAACCAAUGCUUCACAAAGAGGCUCUACCCCGAUGCAGAGAUCAUCAAAACGGAGCGGAGAGGCUGGGGCCUCAGAACCAAAAGAAGCAUUAAGAAGGGUGAAUUUGUAAAUGAAUAUGUUGGUGAAUUAAUUGAUGAAGAAGAAUGCAGACUCCGAAUCAAGCGGGCGCACGAGAACAGUGUAACUAAUUUUUAUAUGUUAACUGUUACCAAGGACCGAAUCAUUGAUGCUGGCCCCAAAGGAAAUUACUCUCGGUUCAUGAACCACAGUUGCAAUCCAAACUGUGAGACGCAGAAGUGGACAGUCAAUGGAGAUGUUCGAGUAGGACUCUUUGCUCUUUGCGAUAUCCCUGCAGGGAUGGAGUUAACGUUUAAUUAUAACCUGGACUGCCUGGGCAAUGGCAGGACAGUGUGCCACUGUGGGGCAGACAACUGCAGCGGCUUUCUAGGAGUACGACCAAAGUCUGCGUGUGCAUCCGCUGCUGACGAGAAGUCGAGAAAUGCUAAGUUAAAGAAAAGACGGAAAGUGAAAACAGAACCAAAGCAGAUACACGAGGACUACUGUUUCCAGUGUGGGGAUGGGGGAGAGCUGGUCAUGUGUGACAAAAAGGACUGUCCCAAAGCCUACCACCUCCUAUGCCUUAACCUGACCCAGCCGCCGUACGGAAAGUGGGAGUGUCCAUGGCAUCAGUGUGACAAGUGUGACAACUCAGCCGUCUCCUUCUGUGAAUUCUGUCCACACUCAUUUUGUAAGGAUCAUGGAAAGGGGGCUCUGGUGCCCUCUGCACUAGAAGGUCGUCUCUGCUGCUCUGACCACAAUCCCGAAUCUCCUGUGUCACCAGAAUAUUGGAACAAGAUCAGAUGUAAACGGGAACCCCAAGAUCCUGGAGAAGACGUAAAAGAGUGAACGGUGGUUCUUUCCUGCCCUGCUGUUCGGAAUGGAAGAAGACAACAGAUGAUGCAUUUAAACCAGGGCGGUUGCUGAGGCGGCCGUACAAGGGAGACAGGAACCAGUUCACAGGCUGAGCAGGCUGUGUGGGGCUCUAGUUUGUUCUGUUGCUUUGGGGAGAGUUUGGUGGACAGGGAAAUUCCCUUGGUCUUUUCUUGCCUUUUAUUGUGUGUGCUCCAGUGUCUUUGCCACUAGCAAAAGAGGUGUCCUUGUUUUUAAAGUGUGUGUGUGUGUGUGUGUGUGUGUGUGUGUGUGUGUGUGUGUGUGAGAGAGAGAGAGAGAGAGAGAGAGAGAGAGAGAGAGAGAGAGAGAGAGAGAGAUACCUGUUAACAAGAUCAUUGUCAAGCCUAAGAUGCAACCCUUGGUUGUAUAAAGCAAAAUUAGCCAUUCCUUUAUUUAUUUUCAUUUUUAGGAAUUGUGAGAGGUGUAGCUCAAACAAUCUAACCUCCGUGUGUGUGUGUGUGUGUGUGUGUGUGUGUGUGUGUGUGUGUGUGUGUGUGUACGUACCUUUAUAUACCUCUUUACUGAGCCAUAGAUAGGCUAACUUCUCUUUCCUUUUUCCUAUGCCUUUUCUAGUCUCAGAGAAGGCUCUCAUCAAGUAUUCAGUUUGGCCUCUUGGAAACAAAUGCCUUGACAGCUUUUACCUCCGUGGUCUUAGACUAGGUGGGCUUCAUGGUGCAGUCACUCCACCUGGAAAUGUGGAUGGAGGGAAAUGUCUAGAGGGAAUGUGUGCACUCACUGGCUCUGAGUGCCAUCCAUCUACAGUUUCCUGAUACAGCGCAUGUGUGGGGCUGUGAAUGCAUGGGAGAAUGCUCACUGCUGUCAUCCUGACGUACGGCAAGGAGCUAAAGACAGAGUAAGGCACAGACCGGAAGUUGGAUCAGAUCCGCACCAUUUUCUGAGCACUUAGUGUAGACUCCAGUCUUACUGGAAUUUAAGAGCAUUUGCUUGUUUGUCUUUCGCUCUGCCAAUCAAUGGCCAGCUGAUCACUCAACCGUGUUUCCUAGUAGAGCUGUGUAAUUGAAUCUGAAUUAUAUUUUAAGAGAUUUUUUUUUCAGUUGAUUUCCUAACUUGGGGGUGGUGAAAAUAGACAGAGUCAAUCCCCAAGUUAUAUGUGAACAGUUUCUUCUUAGUAUUAUGCAAUGCUUCACAUUGUCCCCAUUGAGUAAGGGGAGGAAGUUUUCCAGGGUCUGUAAGAGCCACAGAGAGCGCUUCCUCUUAGAGGGCACUUGAGAACACUCCCCAGAAAGUCAGUGUUCGCAAACAUUAUGUUCCGUUUGAAUGGCAGACCGGAGCCCACCACGGUGUGUGCCCACAGAAUCCCUUGCAUCUAGCACUUAGCAAUAGAGCUACUCCAGUAUUGCAUGAAAUCACGUGAGACACUGGAACACUGGACUGAGGAGAAGUCUAGUGUUACUGUGAAACAAGCAUGAACUUUCUCAGUGACUUUUAACUGCUUACCAGUGGGCGGUACACAGUAGGGUUUAUCCUCCUCAAGAACCUAGUAAGUCAUUAACGUGGGGCGGGAGAUGCUCUACAACAUCCUGGAGUUGUGUCCAGUGUGUUGGGUCCUUUUUUAAUUUUUUACAAAUCAAUUCAGACCUCUUUCUCUGGAAGAAAGAGCAAUUUUGUGCCUCCCUUUUUUUUUAAAUAUAUAUAUAUAAAUGUGCAAUUUAUAGACAACAGACAGACACUACAGUUUCCCUCUCUAAGCUCCUAAACUGCCACUUAGCUGGAUGUAGCAUUUCUAGUAAUCUGUUAGAUUAGACAGGCUCCGAUGAGCAGAAAGACAGGAUGCUGCAGGCCCCCAGUGCAGUCACUAUGACGGAAGCACAGCCCAUGCAAACACUACACUUGGCUCGUUAGCAAUUAUGAAGUUUGAUCUCCUUUAAAAAAGUAAAGUAGGAUAUCUGGGUUUUACCAUACUGAAAUAUUAUUUUAUACAGACAUGAUAAACAUUUUUUAAACUCACUGAUAAGGGAUUUCUUUUGAUAUUCCAAAUAUAACUCUUAUGAGAACAGUAUCCAAUAUGAAAUUGCAUCUUGUUUCCUUUUUGACUUUAUGCUUUUUUAGUAUCAGAUAACUUUUAUAUAGUAAGCCCCAGAGUACAUCAUGUAUUUAUAAAUACCUUAGGCUGACCUAUCUCUAUUCAGCUUCUUUGGUAUGGCCUAUUUGUUUCUCUAUCUAUAAAAGAGCUUUGCAAAGACUUCUCAAAUCUUUUCUUUCUUUUUUUUUUUUUUUUUUUUUUUUUGAUGACUAAUAGGAUUGUUCUGCUAUUUCACAAGCCAAGGGAUGGUUCAAAAUAGUUCGGCAUGGCCCAGAAGCUUUCGGGGCUCCAAACUUGGCUUUGCUGUGCCAGUUCAGGGGCAUCUUCCUGUGCCGUUGUGGCCUAGGUCUGUCUUAGAGUUGAGGGCGUCUAAGUAUACAUACGCUGUGCUUGCCUGUCCUGCAUCAGAGCAUAUUCCAGAAGGCACCAGGCUUACCCAUGGUCUGAAGCUGGUAUUCAUUAGCUUUUAAAUCAGAUGUGGUAUGCGUAUUUGUGGUUGGUGUAUCCAGCCCGGAAAUGAAAGCACUUGAAGCAGCAUGGGCUAACGGUGGUAUUUUUAACCUCAUUUGGAUUCCUAGGAAGACGAGCUUUCUGAUUAGCAGUGUAAAGCUUUAGAAACUGGGUUGGUAAGAGCUAGCAAUGAUGUCAUGAAGCUGUCCCGGACCCUGUACUUUGGAGGCCACGCUGGGCUACCAGAAUAGCUGCCUGUGCCCGGCUGGGGCGGAAGGGCCGGUGCCCUCACUGCCCGUGCUGAAGCGGCCGUUCACGUCUUCAGUCUCAUCAGUGGUGGAGAUCUGAGUGGAGUGGGUUUUAUCUUCUCCUUUGCUCUGCAAGCCCGCCUCCAUUUCCAUUCUCAAAAAUUAUCUUCCCCAAGCUGUACAAUAGACUGGGUUUGGGAACCAUGGGAACUUGGAGAUUUCUGUGUGUUGUAUAAAUAACAUAUACCGAUGAGUUAGGAACAUAUUUGGAACUAAAAAGAGAAUUGUGGAAGGGGGCAGCAGCCAGCUGCUCCACUCUGCCCGCCGCCACCACCGCCGCCGCCGCAGUAUUUGCAAGGGUGUCUAAGUGAUGCGCAGCGGAGACACCGAGUCUCUGUGGUCAUGGGAAACACUCAGAUGGCUGGGCUGGUGGACAGCUUCCAUGAAGUAGGUUUUCCUGAGUACUUUCUUACCUGCUAAGUUCGGUUAGAGAUCCUAGAGGUGGAAAUCAUGGCAUCUGUUCGGAAUGUCGAACCCGGCCCCCAGGACCUGCUGUUAUCUGUCAUUUUCUGUUUCAGUCCCACACUCCUCCUGCCGCAUCCACUCACCACAGAGCUGAGACGCUUCCAGCCACAUAUCAUGUCCUAAUGAGAGAGAAAAACAAAUCGCCUCUGAGUCUCACGGCUUGGAAAACUUGUCGUUUUUAUGUUUCUCAUGAGUACAAGGGCAUCGGGAAGUUGCUUUAUUCCUAGACUUGAAUUAUUCUUCACGUGGCUGUUGCAUCCAGCCACUCCCUGCUCUGCUGAGGCGCUGUGGAGAGCACAGGAAGUGAGCAAGUGGAAAGUUCCUCCACGAAGGACCACCCUGCCUAGGUCUCUGGUUAUCUGUAGACAAAAGUAGACCUCGGUCCAUUUUCAGAUGGACUAGAGGAAUAAAUGUAGACAGCUUUUCAAUGGAUUACCAAAUAUUGAAAAGCUCGACAUUUGUGUGUACUGAAAUAUCACCAAAUUUUACCCUGGGUAGGGUCCUGGGGAUCCUGGGAGAAAGGGCAUAAUAGAGCAAGGGAGGGAAGUGGUGAGUGGUCAUCACAGGUACAGUGUAGUCGCCUAUACACUGAGACCUCUGCGUCAUUCAUUCAGCUUCUUCAAGUACUUGAGACUGUGAUUGUCAUUCCGGUUCCUUUGUAAAAUUAAGAAGUGGGAAGCGCCAGGCGGUGGUGGCUCACGCCUUUAAUCCCAGCACUCGGGAGGCAGAGCCAGGCGGAUCUCUGUGAGUUCGAGGCCAGCCUGGGCUACCAAGUGAGUUCCAGAAAAGGCGCAAAGCUACACAGAGAAACCCUGUCUCGAAAAACCAAAAAAAAAAAAAAAAAAAAAAAAAAAGAAGUGGGAAGCAUCACUGUGUAGACUGUCCAAAGGAAAGUCCUUCCAGUGGGAGCGGAGAUAUCUUAGAUUGUUGGUACCUUUGAGGAAGAGACGCCCGCAUGAGAUAUCAGCAACAUUUCUAGAAAUUGUUUCCUAUGGUUUUGUUUUGUCUUUUUUAUUUGUUUGCCUCAUCCCCAAGUGUCUCUUGUCUUUCCUUUUAAUAUAAGCCUGGGCGUGUGUGGGGUGUGUGGGUGUGUUGUGUGUGGAGGGGUGGUAGUGUUUGCAUUUAUGUUACACUCCUGAAAUGCUGUGUGUAACCCUUGUUUCAAAGAGCCAUGUCUGCCAGUCAUGGUUCGGCACGCCCUUAAUCCCGGCACUCCAAAAGCAGAGGCAGGCGCAUGUCUGUGAGUUCAAGGCCUACGUAAUGAGUUCCAGGACAGCUAGGGCUAUGUAGAGACCCUGUCUCAAAAGGAGAAAAAAGAAAAAAAGAAAAAAAAUGACAUUGUUUGGCUUUUGUCAAGCCGUUGGACAAAUGACCAAUGUGAGCACUUGUUCCUGUGUCGGGGGAGGGGAGAAAAGUAUUGCUUGUCCUUUAGUAGGCUCUAAAAGUCAUUCCUGUGUACGUUAAAGGGAAAAUAGAAGUUGCCAGAGUCAGUAUUCAGUCCUUGGUUUUCUGUGACUUUGCUCAUCCGCUAAGGGAUGAGAAGCACCCCAGCUUCACUGUCUUCUUCCCUACCUGCCGGCAGCGCCGUGGUGUGUGCCCAUGGCCUUCAAGUACCCCCGGUUUGCCUGGAUCGGGGCUCCUGUCGGUUCAAAGGAAUGGGGAAGUUUACAUUUAUUUUUGUUGUCAGCUAACAUCUCAUUUUUUGUUAUGUAACCUAUGGUAACUGUACUGCCAAUAAUAACCAAGAUGCUAACUGAUUACAACUGGCUCAAAAGACCUUUUUAUAUACAAAGAUUUGUGUAUAUUUUGAAUCGAUAUGGCAAAUUUCAUUUGUGUCCAUUUGAUUAUUACAAAUAAACAAAUACCUGCAGAUUCAGUCUUAAUUCUCUGUGUUCUUUGAAUAAUGUUCUUUAUAGAUGUUUACAUCUGUGUUUACCUGUAAUGAACUUUGUAGAUCCUGUGAAAUAUUAUUUUGCUUAAACCACUUGAGUCCUUAAUAUCAAAGUGUCAACCUUCACUGGGCAGUCUCUUUAGUUUCUGUGACUUGGCCAGGAACUCCUAACACUAAGGAAUUAGUGCUGAUUUUCCCCAGGGGUAUCCUUCUAGGGCAUUACUGUAUAAUGACUUUGAAACAUAGUUUAAGGAUUUCGUUGACUGACCAAUGUCUUAUUGCAAAGUAUGAGCCUACCAAUCAUGGUUAACCUGUAUAUAGAUAGAUUACUGUGGACUAGUAGUGUAUGUGGGAUUGCCUGUGAUAUUUACGUUUCUUACUGACGUGUGCUGGUGGGACAGUUUUUGUACAUUGUAUUUACUGAAAUUUUGCCUUUUUAAUUUUACAGAUACUUUAGAAUUCAGAUGUGUUUCUGCUUAUGUAAGAAUGUGGAAAAGUUUUUAAUGGCAUCCGAUUGGUUUCAGGUCUUGCUUGAGGUUGACUUUAAUAAAUUGUCCUGUAUGUUCUAAUUAA